UAUCAAGUCUUCAUAAUUGGUAUUUAGUACUAAACAGUAAAUAUAUUCUUGAUAAGAAUAAGUUAAGCAAAUUGUGCCAACAUAAAAAUCAGAAACUUCUGCUUCAGCAUUAUUUACAAAAUAAUUUCACUUCGUGAAUGUUGUUUUCGUCGUAGUUCAGUAUAAAAAUUUCAAAUAAAUUAAUUAAAAGAUAAGAUGCAGAAGUACGAGAAAUUAGAGAAGAUCGGAGAAGGCACGUACGGCACAGUGUUCAAGGCGAAAAAUCGAGAGACCCAUGAAAUAGUAGCCCUGAAGAGAGUGAGGCUGGAUGAUGAUGAUGAGGGAGUUCCAUCAUCAGCCUUAAGGGAGAUUUGUCUGCUCAAAGAGUUGAAACAUAAAAAUAUAGUCAGAUUGUAUGAUGUAUUGCACAGUGAUAAGAAACUCACAUUGGUGUUUGAGCAUUGCGAUCAGGAUUUGAAAAAGUAUUUCGAUAGUUUGAAUGGUGAUAUUGAUCCUGAUGUAGUGAAAUCAUUCAUGUAUCAAUUGCUGAGAGGAUUGGCCUUCUGUCACAGCCACAAUGUGCUGCACCGUGAUUUGAAACCGCAGAAUUUGUUGAUCAAUAAGAAUGGUGAAUUGAAGCUAGCUGAUUUUGGUUUGGCUAGGGCUUUUGGGAUUCCAGUGAAAUGUUAUUCAGCUGAGGUGGUUACUCUGUGGUAUAGACCUCCGGACGUAUUGUUUGGGGCUAAAUUGUAUACAACAUCUAUAGAUAUGUGGUCUGCGGGGUGCAUUUUCGCUGAGCUGGCAAAUGCGGGAAGACCGCUGUUUCCUGGUUCAGACGUGGAUGAUCAGUUGAGGAGGAUCUUUAAAUUGCUGGGUACACCGACUGAGGAUACUUGGGCUGGAAUAUCCGCUUUGCCGGAUUACAAACCGUUCCCGUUGUAUCAACCAAAUAUGAGUUGGUCUCAGGUUGUGCCUAAGCUGGGGAAUCGCGGACGAGAUCUGCUUCAGAGACUGCUCCUCUGUAAUCCCACGCAGAGGAUGUGCUCCGAGGAAGCCAUGAUCCACGCCUACUUCAGCGACCUCAAUUCAGCAAUAAAGAAUGAUAGAUGUUAGCAAUUAAGGAGGAGGUGCAGCGCCGUGACUAUAAGAUCGGGGCCCUCUCGCAAAAACUAAAAAGUUCCCAAAUAAUCUGAUCGAGGAGAAUUGCGAGAGGGCUUUUGCUACAAUUGAUAUUACAUGUGAUGUGAUAUACUUAUUCCCAAAGUCGAGAAGACAAAAAAAA